AUGGAACAUCUUCCUCUACCACGCGACCCUAUCAAUGAGCACCCGGUCAUUAAGCUCGCGACGGCUCAGUUCCACAACCCCGGGCCAUUCCUCGACUACCCAGACCGGCAUGGCGCUCUUCUCAGCGGUCAAUAUCCACACGUACCCACCCAAGCCGAUGCGCUCCAGGGCCGUUUCUCAGCCGGAGUCUCAAGCUACAACGUCCUCGAUUACUACCAAGGAUGGCUGUUCUUUGCGCUCAUCAAAGACUUACUCGGUGAUGACGGCGACUAUGAUGCACGGAAGAAAAUCAUGUCUUUCACUUUCGACGAUGACGGACAGCUGAGCAGCGCUGCGCUUUCGACCAAGUCGUUGCACAAGGACUUGACGGCAUGGAGGGAAACCGGACGUCUAUCGAGCAUUCGGCGUGGCGACGAAUAUCACAAACAUCUCGACGAAUGCCUCGAGACCGCGUUCGAGGCUCUUGACAACAUCGAUUCCAGAUUCCCCGGCUUUCUUCGGGUCUUCAGAGAUGAAAUGAUCUGUCUGGCGAGUGUGGCUGAGACACUGGACGUGGCGGUCCAGACAGCUCUAGAGCAUGGGCCAGUGGCGGAGAUGAAUCAUGACGAACAGUACUUCCCAGCCCGACCCAAAUAUGGGUGGUUCGCAACCAUUGCACCCCUCCUGGAUCCGUUGAGCCCCGAGACUAAGAGGGCCAUGGUCAACGCGGGCUGGUGUCCCGGCAACAUUGGCAAGAUUCGGGACACCUUCACGAGCAUUGAGGCGUUCUACUAUCUGCAAAAUUUCAAAGCCGACUCCACGGUGGCUAAUUUACACAAGGACUGCCGAGAGUAUGGGUGCAAUGUUAGAAUCCCCGCGGUGCCCAAACACGAGAGUCCUGGGUGCGAAUGCCCAGGCAUGAUGACAUUUGACGAGGAGCACCUCAUCGAGAUCUAUCAAAAAGGGGACAUUCCCUGCUUCGCCAUCGGCAGGCUCGAGGACGGCGGUCUCGGGGUGGCAUUGACCUCAAUCAGCAUCGACGAGGAGUCUCAAAAGGACCCCGAAAACCACUAUGUCGCACUCUCCCACGUGUGGUCUGAAGGGAUGGGGAAUGUGCAAGCAAAUGCACUGCCGUUCUGUCAACUCGCAUAUAUGAUGCACUGGUCGAUGAUGGCCUAUCAGGUGGUCGAAGAUAAGCUACGGGAGGAGGAGACGACGGGAACGGGGAUCAACGUGCAGACGAAACCGAAAGUCCGGCAGAUAAACCUGUGGAUCGACACAAUGUGCUGCCCCGCGACUCCGGGGUACGGUAAGAAUUUGUGCCUGUCAAGGAUGCGAGAGAUUUAUGCAAACGCCUAUGCCGUGCUCGUCAAGAGCGCGGUCCUUCAGGCAACGAGUGUUAGGGACAUCUUCGAAGACACCUCCAGGGGUCUUAUCGAUGUUGCCACGCACAUUUAUACGUCGCCGUGGAUGCGUCGCAUGUGGACGCUUCAGGAAGGCGUUCUCGCCGGCGCGUCGCGAGCCAGAGGCUCUGGCGACAGGCUCUGCUUCGCGUUCCGCGACAGCCUCCUCUCCCUUGAAUCAGUCGUCAACCUGCUGAAGCAGGCCCCAAAGCACGAAGCGACCCUGGCCUUCCGCUUCAUCGCAGAGUUCCGCGACCUCAGCGUCAGCAUGUGGCAACUCCCCGACGAGACCGACACCCCUGGGCGCAAAGUGCACCCGUUGAACUUCUUCCUGCAAAUGCUGGUCAACGCGCUCAAGCACCGCAGCUUGACGGUUGCGUCCGAUGAGGUGAUAUGCCUAGCUACGCUGCUGGAUCUGCGCAUCAAGACGGCGCGCGGGGAGGUUGAGCCUCUUAUCGGCGACGGGGAGACGCCCGAGGACGGGAUGUGUCAAUUGUGGCGCAGGGUCGAGACGCUGCAGGGCGCCGCUGGGCUGCCGGGCGACAUCAUCUUCUCGUGCGUCCCGCGUGUUCAGGUGCCCGGUUUCCGCUGGGCGCCCCGGACGUUGGUGCAGUAUGCCAAAUACGGGAACAUGUUUGUCUCGCCUUCGAGCCCCUACCCGGCCAGGAUCGAAGAUGAGGGCCUGAGAGUGAGGUUUCCCGGCGCGAAGCUCAACUGCUUUGUUGGCCUAGAUAUGGUGGGAAGGCUGCUCCCCACUGAACCGGGAUCGACUGAUGAGAACGGUGAUGGGCACGGUAGAGAUGUAGAAGCAGGAGGCGAAACGGUCGUCCCACGCGUUCUGAUGAUCAAGGUCCCGACGGACGGUGAUCAGUGGUAUGCAGUUCAUGUCUACGAGCAGCCAAAAGACGGAAAAGAGGAUGGGAGUUAUCCACGAUCAUCGGAGGAAGAUGAGGAAUCAAGGCCAAAGGCAAUCGCAGAUCGGCACGAUGAUCUGGUGCAGCUGAUCAGGAACGGCUCCGUCGCCCUGGUUUUCCGGCCCGGUGAGGUGAUCACUGGGCCCGGCCUACUGGUGUCCAUGCCGACUUCGCCGUCUUCGGCAGAGCUAGGGGCCGGGUUAGCGAUGCUAAGUCUGAACCCAGAGCCGCUUCGGGUGCACAGCGAGUUUCCCGUGCAGAUCAGACCCCUUGCCGGACCGUCCUGCGUCAUUGCCGACGCGACGGUACGGUGCGUCGAGGGGCUGCAGGAAGCAGUUGUGGCUGAGGCGGGACAGCGCGGGGAGGAUGUUGCCGUUAGCGAUGUUUGGGAUGAUCAGGAGAUUGUGACCCGACUGCUUCGCGAAACGGCCGAAGGCUUGAUGGGAUCAUCAGAGGAUUUAAAGAAGGCGCUCUAUUUUGAGGUGCUGGCUAGGAGAGCCUCUUCGACAGACGAGACUGCGCUUAACAUCUUCUUGAAAUAUGCCCGUCAUAUGGCAUAUUUUGGUGGAGGCAUGAAGGGAGAGGCAUAUUCUGAGGAUCAAGAAUGGUGGGUGGACUGA